UCUCCACCUGUACAUAUGAAGAAAACCAUAAUCAGAAAAAUAUUGAACCUAUUUUCGUAAUGAAAAAAGUGCCGCUAUAAUUUAUAGGUUAUGUUAUACCAUAGACCGCGCGGGAACCACAUGAUAACUCAACUUUCCGAAUGUUAAAAGGAAAAAGAUUUUUUAUUUUCGUCAUUGCAAGUGCGGAAGAAGUUGAAAAUAAUUCACUGGAAUUAAAAGAAGAAGAAAAUAAGUCAAUUAAUUCUGUACCGAAUUCCGAUGUUUGUCAUUCAACAGAAUGUUAUCAAAUUGCUAACGAUAUUUGGCAUAGUAUGAAUCAAUCUGUCAAUCCUUGUGAUAAUUUCUAUGAAUAUGCUUGCGGAGGAUUUGCAGCUGUUAAUCCGGUGCCAGAUACAGAAUUAGCAUGGGGUACUAUUCAAAAACUAAGAAGAACUGUCAAGUAUCGAUUAUUAGGAUUAUUAGUUGAAAAUGAAAACUCAACAGACAUUUUGCCUGUAAAGCAAGCGAAGAAAUUUUACAGAUCUUGUUAUAAUUACUGGCAACUCGGUACGAGAGGUCUAAAGCAUAUAAAAGCAUUUUUAUCACAAAUUGGUGGUUGGCCAUUGAUAAUGGAACGUGAAGAAUGGUCCUCGAAAAAAAUAACAUGGGAGGAAAUUAAUCAAUUUUAUGCUCGAUUAUUAUUUUUAUCUCCUUUUUAUCGCAUUAAAAUUACUAAACAAUAUAGAAAUUUAAGUGAUUUUACUCUUGAUGUAGAAAAUCCUUUCAAAGUUAUAACGAUUCUUCCUCCAGUUGUACCAUUAAAAAAAAUGGCUCAUUAUACUGGAAAAAUUUUUAACGAAAACAUAACUAAUAUGUAUGACGAUGGCUCAUAUAGAAAUUACACUGUAAAAAUCGCUAAAAUGUUAGCCCAAAGUAGAAGUGCUAAUAUCAGUAUAGAGCAAUUGGAUAAAGACGUUGAAGAUAUGAUUGCAGUGGAAAAGAAAUUUCAAAAUAUAUCUGACGAUUUCAAUUCAGAACCUCAAUACGUUAAAAUUGACGAACUCCAGGCAAUUUACAAUAAAAUAUUAAAGACACCGGCAAUGUCAAAGAUUAAUUGGAAGGAAAUAAUGACCGAUCUAUUUAAUGAAGCAAAAGUAAAACUCAAUGGAGAUGAAUUAUUCAAAAUUGCCAGUCCAGAUCAUUUUGAAAUAUUAUCCGACAUUUUAGAAAACACUGAUCGUCGAACACUUGCAAAUUAUAUGCAUUGGAAUUUUGUAUCAUAUCUUCUUCCAUAUACAACAUUAGUUCAACAAUCUUUUAGAACAAAUUUAUUUAAAGAUAAAGAUGGAGCCAAAGAAAAACCAAGAUGGGAAAGUUGUAUAAAAAAUUUGGAAAUGCCUCGUGUACUUGCUUAUCUAUACGUUAAAAAAUAUUUCAGCAAUGAAGACAAGGAAAAAGUCGAAAAAAUAUUUUCAUCGAUUCAAAAGGAAAUGGUUAGGCAUAUUGAGCAAGCUGAUUGGUUGAAUGAUGAGACAAAAAAAGAUGAAUUGGAAAAAAUGGAAAGCAUGAAAAUCAAUGUUGGUUUUCCUGAUUGGUUGAAGAAUGAAACUGCAUUAACCGAAAUGUAUCAAGGACUUGUAAUUGGAAACCAGUACAUGGAAAAUAUUGUUGGUGUAAAGAGAUUAAAUGCCAGAAAACAUCUACAAUACCUCAAGGAUAAAUCAAAAAUUAAGGGUUGGUACGCACAUCCUAUGUUUGUAAAUGCCUUCUUUUUCCAACACAAAAAUAUUUUGAACGUCCCAGCUGCUGCUUUACAACCUCCAAUAUUUUCCGUAUUACAGCCAAAUACUGUCAAUUAUGGUGAACUUGGUUACAUAAUUGGUCACGAAGUGGCCCAUGGUUUUGACACAACUGGAAUCGAAUAUAAUAAAAAUGGUAAAAAAUAUACAUGGCCAGAAGAUAUAAGACAAGUUAUUCAAGAAAAAACUGAAUGUUUCGCUAAUCAAUACGAGAAAUUGGAAUUAACUUCCAGUAACACGGAAGAGGACACAAAGAAUGUUGGAGAAAAGUUAUUAAAUGAAAAUCUAUCGGAUACAUUGGGAAUAAAUCUUGUCUUUUCUGCCUUGGAAGAAAUUGAGAAAGGAAACAAGUCACUUCAAUUGCCUGGAUUUGAACAUUGGGACAAUAAGAAAAUGUUCUUCCUCUCUUUUGCAAGGUUACAUUGCUUCAAUACAGUACCAGCUUACGAGAAGAUAGUGGCAAAAUAUUUCAGACAUAGCUCUCAUAAAUAUCGUGUAAAUAUUCCUCUUCAAAACUCUCAACAUUUUGCAAAAACUUUUAACUGUCCAGUUGACAGUCCAAUGAAUCCAAGUUCAAAGUGUAAAUUAUGGUAAUUUAAAUGGUGAAGGGUCAAACAUUUACUAUAGAAUUAUAAUUUUUUUUUUUUGCAGUAGUUUUGAGAAAAAGAAAUUGAUUUAAAUUUAUUUAUUCGAUAAUUCUUGUAAACAUCAUGGAAAUAAAUAUGAAUUUUAAAAAUGUA